UCUUCCAGGAUGUGAGUGCUAGACUGGUUAUUUCACUGGCAAGCGUUUACUCGUAUUUAAGCUCGUAUCAGCGAUGACGGGCGAAUAACGGAUUGCCGCUGCCGCUGCCGCUGCCUUCUGAAAACUCAGCAUCAUCACCACCAUCACCGACAAACAAUACACGCCAACAACCACGGCGCGUUUAGAACGCGCAAGCGUUUGUUUACAUUCCGUUUUCGGAGAAUCCGUUUACAUUGCUCUCUCUCGGAAUGCCUUUGUGACGUCAUGGAGGUAGACGUUCUAUUUAGAGUUUUAAAAUGAACACCUGUUAUGUUUGAAAUGGCAUGCACGUUGCGCGAAAAGAAGAAGAGAGGCGACGUUUUAAAUUCAUGCGGGCAUGCUGAAGCCGUAUAAUCUCCGGCAGCGCAACUAAAGCCGUUUAGGGAUCCAUUUAGUGAUAAGCCCGACUGCUGCUGUCUGUCUGCAUCAACAGGGAACAUGGAUGGUGAGGAAUUUGCAAUGACGAGAGCGAUGAUGAUGAUGUUGAUGAUGAGUGCACUCGUAUGGCUGCUCUGCUCCCGUGGAAACUAAAAGACACUAUCAUCCAUUGUGCUUUUCACUAGCCUCGGGCUGUUUUGUGGAUUUUCGGUGAAAAACUUAUCCGUGUCUCUGCGCAAACAUGGGCAAAGACGAAUGCAAGACCAUGUUGGACGCGCUGAACAAAGUCACAGCUUGCUACAGGCAUCUGGUCAUCGCUUUGGGGAGCACAUCUGACUCCCAAAACCUGCGGGAGGAACUUAAAAAGACCCGAAAGAAAGCCCAGGAGCUGGCCGUGGCCAACAGGACUAAACUCACGGCUCUUCUAAAGGACAAAAGCAUCAGCAAAGAUGACCGAGCCGAAUACGAGCGCCUCUGGGUGCUCUUCACCAGCAGCAUGGAGCUCCUGGAGGUGGACAUGAAGCGAUCCUUGGAGAUCGGGCAGGAUUUUCCUCUCAAAGUGCCAACGAGACACCUCAUCCAGACAGGGAUGACCGGCAGCACCACUACCGUGGCGGCUCGGGCCAUGAGCGUCCAGAACAUGAAGUACGAAGCCGACGCCAACAUCGACACGGUGGACCUCAAAGAGCUGGAGACCGAGAUCGCUCAGGUGGACCAGAUGAUGGAGGAGAUGGAGAUGAAGGUCCAGGUGGCUCCGUGGGCAGUCGAGGCCAAACAAGAGGCGGGAGCCGAGUUGAAAUCCACCGUCAGUGUUGGGAAUUCAUCAGUUGGUGUCAUCUCGAUCUGCGAGGAGGAACCCAAAGAAACGGUGGAAGGAGAAACUGGGUUGAUGAAAGUAUUUGCAGGGAUCGUUUUCACCGCUGUUUUGCUCAUAGCUGGAAUUCUGGGGUAUCUAGUGAUUAAUCUAUAAUGGAUGAAGAUGUGUAUGUGGAUGACAGUGGCUCAGGGCUUUAGAUUUUCUUAUGGAGGAAGCAACACGUUGCUACCGUAGGCCUCUCGUGUGGAGAAAAGCAGAUCACCUCGAUGAGUAUUAGUAAAAAGCAUCAGUGUUUAAAGGGAAUAGCCAAAAGGAAUAAAAACUCCUUCAGUGGUGACUGGUUCCUCAACCUAUGAAGGUAAAAACUGGACAGAUUACAAACAAAAGUGGGAUUGUUUCAUAAAAGCUUUAAUUUUAGCUGUGAUCCUAAAUUGUCACUCUUUUGACGCAUCACUAACCGGCCGUUUCAUCGCUCGGUGAACACCUACAACCUGAAAAUGACAACUUUUGUGACCCUCAGCAGGUUGUGCAUAUUAAACAGGUAUUUGUUUCACAGUUUAUAUAAGUAGGUGACUUAUUUAAGGUUGCUCAUUGUGUUUCCUGACCUUCUGAGGAUUUACAUCAAGAUAUUCUUGUUAGUCCGUCUGCGAGCUAUUGGUUUAUGUUUCUGAAGAUGGCCCAUCUUUGACUGCCUGUACUCUUGAAAAUGGGCCUUAGGUGUAUUUUGAAAAAAAACAGUCUGCUAUAGUUUAUUUGUAUAUAUGAAUUGUAUGUUAAAUUAGUGUAUAUACAAUAUAUUUAUUAUAAUAAAUAAUUUAAACAA